AUGAUGAACGAAGAGAAGAAGAAUAUAAAGACAGAGCUGGGUUGUCCAGCGGAAGCGGACCCUCCUCCUCUACAACAACAAACACCAACACCAAUAACAACCUCCUCUUGCGAAUCGAUGACGACGUCGACGUCGACAAUACCGACAAUAGCAGCACAGAUAAAUCGUUGUGCCCUUUUUCGACAAGAGAAAGAGAGACUACUACAACAACAACAACAACAACAACAACAACAACAACAAGAGACAACAACGACGAUGGGAUUGAAGUCAUCGACAGCAGGAGUAGGAGAGGGAGUACCAAAGCAUCUGUCAGGAUGUAAGACUGACGGAAUCUCAACUACGAAACAUAUACUCUUGCAACAGUCCGAUUGUACUCAACUGUCUCAAGCAGUUGACAGAGUCGAGAAACAGAAUGACCAAUCCUCCCAAGGCAAAGAAGUCCGCUCAGGUGGACCCUGCAUCGUGCAACAACACCACCCCACCGGUGGUGAACGUCAACUUUAUUCCCAACUGUUGUCCCAACAAUGUCAACAGCAAUACCAACAACAAUACCAACAACAAUACCAACAACAAUAUCAACAACAAUACCAACAACAAUAUCAACAAUGCCAACAACAAACAGACAAUUACGACCAAAAAAGAAAAGCAAGUCAAGAAGGAGAAGAAAGAGACCAAGAAGAAGAAAGAGAAAGAAAAAGAAAAACAAAAGGAUUGCAACAACAACAACAAGACAAAGGGAACAACAUCGUCAACGACGACGACGACGACGACAACUGCGACUACAAAAACCAAUACCAACAAACAGAAACCAAAGAGAUGUCUACAAGAGGAAGAAUCUGCUUGCAAUAUAUUGAAAAAGAUCAAAAACAAAAAUCAAACAUCACCACCACCAUCAACGACAAUGGAAACAAUGGAAACGAUGGAAACGAUGGAAACAAUAGUAAUACCGAUCAAAACAACAGAAACAAAGAUUGUAACAAUAGAAAUAUUCCCAGAACAAAAUUGGAAAAAAGAGAUAAAAGCAGUCAACAAGGAUGGGAAGAGAAUACAAAAGUUACAGGAUAUAUUGGAUCAAGACAUGGCGAUGUUAGCGGAAAACAAGAAUUAUAUAGAUAUGAUAACUGUAUCGAUACAGAAAGAGGGGGAGGAUUUGAAUUGCGAGAGAGAGAAAUUAUGGAAAGAGAAACAAGAAUUAUGGAAAGAGAAGGAGAACUUAUGGAAAGACAAAGAAAUCUUUGUUCUAGAGAAAGAGAUUUAAAAGAAUUGACAAAAAAUCAUCUAGAAAUUAAAUCAAAAUUAUUGGCUAGAGAAAUUGAAAUUACAGAGAUUCAAAAGUCUUCCCCGCAUUGUAAAUAA